UUCAUUCAUUCAUUUCCACCAGCGUCAUUCGCCUUCAAUGGCCGAGCCCCACUACUACCAGCAGCUGCAGCACCUCCACGACCAGCCGCCUCCGCGGUCCCACCAGCUGGUGAAGGCAGCGACAGCCGUGACCGCCGGGGGAUCCUUGCUGGUUCUGUCGGCGCUGACGCUGGCCGCCACGGUGAUAGGGCUUACCCUGGUGACGCCCCUGCUGGUGAUAUUCAGCCCGGUGCUGGUACCCGCCGCCAUCGCGGUGUGUCUGCUGGCGGGGGGGUUCGUGGCGUCGGGUGGGUUCGGGAUGGCGGCGGUGGGCGUGCUGGCGUGGAUCUACCGGUACGUGACGGGGCAGCAGCCGCUGGGGGCGGAGCAGCUGGAGCAGGCCAAGAUGAAGCUCGCCGGCAAGGCCAGGGAGAUGAAGGAAAAGGCGGAGCAGUACGCGCAUCAGCAGCAGCACGGCGGCCAGACGGGUUCCUAGGUUUAUUAAUAAAAAUUAUAUAUAUAUUGUAAUUAAAUAAAAAAAAUGGUCUAUUAUAUUAGCUUAAUUAUUAAUAU